GUGGUGAGUACCCCUUCGGCUCCCUCCUGCCUCACCUUCUCCUCCCCGUUGCCACCGUGUGGCCAGCCGCAACUCCGGUUAGAGAUCGCGUACGAAGCUCGAUCAGGGCGAGAAGGUGCCCACCGUGUAUAUAAAUCUCAGUCAGGGGAGAAGGUGCCCACCUUCUCUUUGUGCCACGAUCAAUCAAACAGUAUCGCCUACAGCUGAAAGUCCCUUGCCUGCACCCCCGGCUAAGGCUGUUAGCUGUCAGUCUACUGUCAUAGCCACAGGAGCCCUAUCUCCAGUUUGCAAUUGAGACUCUGCUUCAAGUUAACGAGUGCAAUCAGAAAUCAUAUCACAAAGGAACAAAUGGCAGUGGUGAGUGCCACUUCGGCUCUCCACCUCCUGCCUCUCCUCCUCCUCCUCCUCCCCGUUGCCACCAUCGCGAACAGUACAUCCGUGGGCAUUAUCAUUGAUACGAAUGCAAGCAGAUCGCCUACAGCUAAAAGACCCAUGCCCGCACCCCCGGCCAAGGUAACACCUACGGCCCCAAGUGAUCCACCUGCAUCCCCGGCCACGGUAACACCUAUGACCCCAAGUACUCUGCCAGCACCUAUUGGGACAACAAGCAUGAAAGAGAAACCCUUCACUGUAAGAAGAGAUGUUGCAAUUUUAGCUCCUGUAGGUGGCUUCAUUUUGCUUACCAUCUUGUUCCUCAUCACCUACUUUAUACGUAAGCGAAGAACACAACAACAACAUCUGAUCGAGGAGGAGGAAGAGUUUAGGAAUCUAAAAGGAACACCAAUGAGGUACACAUUUCAGCAGCUGAAAUCAGCUACCGAACAAUUCAAAGACAAGCUCGGCGAAGGAGGGUUCGGGUCUGUUUUCAAGGGAGAGCUAGCUGAUCAAAGGAUUGCGGUAAAACGUUUGGACCGAGCUGGUCAGGGCAAAAGAGAAUUUUCUGCAGAGGUUCAGACAAUUGGCAGCAUUCAUCAUAUUAAUCUGGUGAGAUUGAUUGGUUUCUGUGCAGAGAAAUCCCACAGGCUCUUGGUUUAUGAGUACAUGCCCAAAGGAUCGUUGGACAGAUGGAUCUACUGUCGAAAUGACAAUGAUUCACCUCCUCUAGAAUGGAGCACACGAUGCAAGAUUAUCACUAACAUAGCUAAGGGUCUCGCUUAUCUUCAUGAGGAGUGCACGAAAAAGAUUGCCCAUUUGGAUGUCAAACCACAAAACAUCCUCUUAGAUGAUGACUUCAAUGCUAAACUUUCUGAUUUUGGACUAUGCAAGCUCAUUGACAGGGAUAUGAGCCAAGUGGUUACCAAAAUGCGAGGCACACCUGGAUAUUUAGCUCCUGAAUGGUUAACAUCACAAAUCACAGAAAAGGCCGAUGUCUAUAGCUUUGGUGUUGUGGUCAUGGAAGUCAUCUGCGGAAGAAAGAACCUCGACACUUCUCUAUCAGAAGAGAGCAUCCAUCUUAUCACCCUGUUGGAAGAAAAGGUGAAGAAUGCUCACUUGGUAGAUUUGAUUGACAAGAACAGUAAUGACAUGCUAGCACACAAGCAGGAUGUAAUUGAGAUGAUGAAGCUCGCAAUGUGGUGUUUGCAAAUUGAUUGCAAAAGAAGGCCUAAAAUGUCCGACGUAGUUAAGGUCUUGGAAGGUACCAUGAAUGCAGAGAGCAACAUUGAUCAUAACUUUGUUGCCACAAAUCAAGUGAAUUUCGGCGGUGCUGCAAAUGUGGUCUCAUCAGUUCCACCUCUAGCUUCACAUGUAUCAGGCCCCAGGUGAAAUGAGAAAAUCAUGACCAUAUAAAUAGAUUAUGAGCAGGACAUGAGAUAUUCUUAUGUAAAGGAAAUGGUAAGUCUGUUGUAGCUUCUCAAAAUACUAUAAUCUGAAGCCCCUUGUCUCAAGUUAAAUUUAGCUGCAAAGUAUUUCAAUA